GCUCAAGCACCUCAACCAGUUCAGUCAUCCAUUCUGUCUUCUCUGCAGAUACUGAGAGCCAAGAUGAGUAGCAAGGUUCUUCUGAUCAGUGGUGUCCUGGUGGGGCUCCUUUCUCUGAGCUCAUGCAGGAGCCUGGGAGAGUUGUCUGAACAGAAGACCUACUCUUCUACUACUCAGUAUGGUGGCUCCCCAACUCCAUCAUAUGGAUCAGAUGGUGGUUACAAACCAACACCAACCCCAACACCAGCUUACGGCUCUACACCAACACCAUCUUAUGGCACUACACCAACACCAUCUUACGGCACUACACCAACACCAUCUUACGGCACGACACCAAGCACCCCCAGCACACCUGAUGUCCCUGAAGUUCCGACAAAGCAUGAUUUCUGUGGAUCCUGCGAUUACUGGAAGAACCAUCCAGAUGUUAUCAUCUCAGCUAUUGGGUCCCUUGGCGACAUUGGCAAGACACUCGGUACUGCUUGCAGUUUGAUCACUGGCAAGAAGCUAGAAAAUCUUCAUGAUGCACUUUCAAACACUGGAACUGAUGGUACUGGUGCUCUGCUCCGCGAGGGAGCAGCUGCAUACCUCAACUCCAUUGUGAACAAGAAAUUCCCUUUUACCACCCAACAGGUUAAGGAUUGCAUCGUCGUGGCCAUGACCUCUGAUGGCGCUGCUUCUUCCCAGGCUGAGAUCUUCAAGAAGGCAAAUGAUUAUCACUACUAGUUCAAGAGGUGUUUCCUGGCUAAAUUAUUUGCUCCUAUGUGUUUCUUCAUUGAUGUAAUCUUGCUGUUUGAUAAAUCCAUUGUAUUCUUUUGGUUUGCAAUGUAAUACCACCAUCUAAGAUAUUUGAUUUUUAUAAAUCCAUCACAGAUGGCACUGCAA